ACGGGGCCUGCCCUUGUAGGUAGCCCUGAAGUCUGCUGCAGGGGGAGAGCUCAUAGCUUAGGGAAAGGGGAGGGCAAAGAGGGCACCUGACUCGCAGAGUAACAGAACUUGCCUCACUGUGGUGAAAGGCAGCUGUGCUUUGUUAGAAGAAAUCAAAGUCCACAGCGGGAGAGGAAACUGCGUCAGAAAUCUCCUCCUGGAACUGCUUCAUCCUCUCCUCUCACCUGAAGUUAAACCAUGUUUGGGAGGAGAGGAAUUCAAGACACCGCCCCGUUCAGCCCAGCACUUCCACCCAAGUAAGCAAUCCCCAGAACAACAGAACAGACUCUGCAGGUCAGCAAUUAGGGGAGCAACAUGACAAGCAACGACAGAAAACCGAUCUUGCACGUGGUUGGAGGGCUGGCAGUCUGCGCAGGUGUGGUGGCCUCAGGGGCCUUUGAUGGAGUUCAUACAGAAAUCGGGUAUGAGCACUAUGCAGAACCGACCGUGCCAGGGCUCCCUGCUCUAGUAGCCAUGCCUGCUAACUGCUUAGUCAACAUGGCUUAUCUGCUUCUGGGCUGGUACUGGCUGCCUUCAGGCAGCAAGAAAGGGCAAGCAUGCUACCUCCAGGGGGUCUUUGCCACCAUGGCCCUGGCAUAUGGGCCUGUGCAAUGGGUUCGGCUCUGGACACAGCAUCACCGGGCAGCAGUCUUAGAUCAGUGGCUGACGUUGUUAAUUUUCACUUGGGCUGCUAUCUGGUGCCACUUCCUGGAGCGCGGGUGGCGACCGGGCACCUUCCUUGCUAUGGAAGCAGCUUCAGCAGCAAGCUACGGCCUGGCCUUGCUUCAUCCGCAAGGGUUUGAGCUGGCAUUGGGGGGACAUAUAUUCACAGAUGUAUGGAAAGUAUUCCGGGUGCAAAAGCAUUUGGGCGACACCACCUCUGCGUGCAUCCUGGCAGUGGGAAUGGUCUCUUGCCUUGGUUUUGUGUGCCUCAAGCUCUGGGACCAUGAGCUAGCCCAGUGGACCCCCUUCCAGCGGCUCACUGGCCACUUCUGGUCUAAGAUCUGCGAUGUCUUGCAGUUCCACUGCACUUUCCUCUUCCUCACGAGGAUGGACAGGCUCCGGUCUCAAUGAAUUAAUGGACGGCUUUCAUUGCUGGCAAUGACAGAGGGAUGGAAAUGCUGGUGGACCGGAAAGAAUAAGGAGCGGAAGAGUGCUGCCGUGGCUCCUCCGAAUCGGCAGAAAGGCAGCUGGGCUACAAGUGUGGGUAAGGAGGCCACGUUGCACAAUGCCACCCAUUUUAUCUAUUUCCUGCACCAGCCCCAGAUCCUAGGGCAGGAACAGCUAUAACUCAAAAGGAAAAGCCAGGAUUCCUCGUGUUCUUAAACUCUUGCCACAGCCUCCUUUGCAAUCUGGAAAAUAUAUUUGGACUCAGACUUCAGGUGAAUUUCUAGGUGAAGUUCUCCAAAGCACCACUCGUGCCUUGGAGUACUCUGGCCUUGCUGAUUUUGUUUGCAUGUCCAUUGUUAUCUGCUUCAUUUUUAUUCUGUUAUAAGCUGCUCAGAAGGUUUUGGGAGGCGGGGAGAGGGUUGCCAGCUUCUAGGUGGCGUUUGGAGAUCUCCUGGAAUGACAACUGAUCUCCAGAUGACGGAGGUCAGUUCCCCUGGAGAAAAUGGCUGUUUUGGAGGGUGGUGGUUAUGGUAUCACAUUCCUGCUAAGCUCUCUUCAGGCUCUACCCCCAAAUUUCCAGGAAUUUCCCAACCUGGAAAAGGCAACCUUAAUGGGAGAAUAUGUAUUUUAAAAAUAAAAUUUGAAAAAAAAUGACGUCUGCAGAGAGGCAGAAUUGUAUCUGCACGGUGACUUACAAUGAACGAGAGAGAGAGACGGCCAGAAGCUUCUCUCGUGUCCCCCUCUGCCUGCCCGACUGGGGCCUCCCUCCGCUGCUGCGUAUCCAUCUCCUCCCACAAGGGGCAGGGAGAGAAGAGACGUACAGGAACGGCUGGCCGACUGAACUCCAACUGCAUUUUCAACUAUACAAAAGGCAUCUUUGCCA